CUCGGCCCCUCGCUUACCGUCGGGGCGGGCGGCAUGUGGCGGGGGCUGCCGGUGCUGGCCCUGGCCGGGCUGCUGCUGCUGGGCCGGGCGCCGGCGGGCCGGGGGGCGGCCUGCGAGCCGGUGCGCAUCCCGCUCUGCAAGCCGCUGCCCUGGAACAUGACCAAGAUGCCGAACCACCUGCACCACAGCACGCAGGCCAACGCCGUGCUGGCCAUGGAGCAGUUCGAGGGGCUGCUGGGCACCAACUGCAGCCCCGACCUGCUGUUCUUCCUCUGCGCCAUGUACGCGCCCAUCUGCACCAUCGACUUCCAGCACGAGCCCAUCAAGCCCUGCAAGUCCGUGUGCGAGCGCGCCCGCGCCGGCUGCGAGCCCGUCCUGCUCCGCUACAGCCACGCCUGGCCCGACAGCCUGGCCUGCGACGAGCUGCCCGUCUACGACCGCGGCGUCUGCAUCUCCCCCGAGGCCAUCGUGACCGCCGAGGGCGCGGAUUUCCCUAUCGAUUCCAAUAACGGCAACUGUAGAGGUGCAGGCAUUGACCGCUGCAAGUGCAAGCCUGUGAAAGCCACGCAGAAGACCUACCUGCGCAACAACUACAACUACGUCAUUCGGGCUAAAGUGAAGGAGGUGAAGACCAAAUGCCACGAUGUCACUGCAGUGGUGGAAGUGAAGGAGAUCCUGAAGUCUUCCCUAGUGAACAUUCCAAAGGACACUGUAAACCUCCACACGAAUUCUGGCUGCCUGUGUCCCCCCCUCAGUGCCAAUGAGGAGUACAUCAUUAUGGGCUACGAGGACGAGGAGCGCUCCAGGUUACUCUUGGUGGAAGGCUCCAUAGCUGAGAAGUGGAAGGAACGUCUUGGUAAAAAGAUAAAGGUGAGUCCCCCUUGUGCUGAAGCCUUGUAUCAGACCCUUCAUUCACAGAAGCUGCAGGAAAGCCAGGAAACACUUUCCCUGUUUAAAUGACUUUCCCCAAUCAGCUCUCAUUUGCACCCUUGAGCCCAGUGCAGGGUGACAUGGUGGAAACAGCAACCUCUCUGCUUUUGCUGCUGUUUGUGAACACAUUUUCUGUGUGAAACGUGUGAACACGUGGAUCUGUAACCUCUCUGGUAAUUUCUGUACCUCUCUGGUAAUUCCUAUAACCUCUCUGGUAAUUUGUGUAACUCUCUGGUAAUUUCUAUGGCUCUCUGAUAAUUUCUGUAAAUUACCAGAGAGGUAAUUUCUGUGGUAAUUUCUCUAACCUCUCUGGUAAUUUCUGUGACUCUCAGGUAAUUUCUGUGACUCUCUGGUGAUUUCUGUAGCCUCUCAGGUAAUUUUGGUAACUCUGGUAAUUCCUGUAACCUCUCAGGUAAUUUCUGUAACUCUGGUAAUUUCUGUAACUUUGGUGAUUCUUGUAACCUCUCAGGUAAUUUAAUUCCUGUAACUCUGGUGAUUCCUGUAACUCUCUGGUAAUUUCUCUAACUGUCUGGUAAUUUGUUUAACCUCUCUGGUAGUUUCUGUAACCUCUCUGGUAAUUCCUGUGCCUCUCAUAAUUCCUGUAACCUCUCAGGUAAUUUCUGUAACUCUUUGGUAAUUCCUGUGACCUCUCAGGUAAUUUCUCUACCUGUCUGGUAAUUUCUGUAAAUCUGGUGAUUCCUGUAGCCUCUCAGAUAAUUUCUGUAACUUUGGUGAUUUCUGUAACUCUUUGGUAAUUUCUGUAACCUUUCAGGUAAUUUCUGUAAUCUCUCAGGUAAUUCCUGUAGCGUCUCAGGUAAUUUCUGUAACUGCUGAUUUCUGUAACUCUCUGGUAAUUUGUUUAACCUCUCUGGUAAUUCCUGUAACUCAGGUGUUUCCUGUAGCCUCUCAGGUAAUUCCUGUAACUCUGAUGGUUCCUGUGACCUCUCAGAUAAUUUCUGUACCUGUCUGGUAAUUUCUGUAAAUCUGGCGAUUCCUGUAACCUCUCAGAUAAUUUCUGUGACUUUGGUGAUUUCUGUAAUUCUUUGGUAAUUCCUGUAACCUCUCAGGUAAUUCCUGUAGCGUCUCAGGUAAUUCCUCUAACUCUCUGGUGUUUCCUGUAGCCUCUCAGGUAAUUCCUGUAGCAUCUCAGGUAAUUUCUGUAACUCUGGUGAUUUCUGUAACUCUCUGGUAAUUUGUUUAACCACUCUGGUGUUUCCUGUAACCUCUCAGGUAAUUCCUGUGCCUCUCAGGUGAUUCCUGUAACUCUGCUAAUUCCUGUAACUCUGAUAAUUCCUGUAACUCUGCUAAUUCCUGUAACUCUCAGGUGAUUCUUGUAACCUCUCAGUGAUUCCUGUAACUCUCUGGUAAUUCCUGUGCCUCUCAGUGAUUCCUGUAGCUCUGGUGAUUAAUUCCUGUGCCUCUCAGUGAUUCCUGUUGCUCUGGUGAUUAAUUCCUGUAACCUCUCAGGUGAUUCCUGUAACCUCUCAGGUGAUUCCUGUAACCUCUCAGUGAUUCCUGUAACCUCUCAGUGAUUUCUGUUGCUCUGGUGAUUAAUUCCUGUGCCUCUCAGGUGAUUCCUGUAACUCUGGUAAUUCUUGUAACUCUCAGGUGAUUUCUUUAACCUCUCAGUGAUUCCUGUAGCUCUGGUAAUUCCUGUGCCUUUCAGUGAUUCCUGUACCUCUCCGGUAAUUCCGGUGCCCCUCAGUGAUUAUUCCCGUGCCCCUCAGUGAUUAUUCCCGUAGCUCUGGUGAUUAUUCCCGUGCCCCUCAGUGAUUAUUCCGGUGCCCCUCAGUGAUGAUUCCUGUGCCCCUCAGUGAUUAUUCCGGUGCCCCUCAGUGAUUAUUCCAGUGCCCCUCAGUGAUUAUUCCAGUGCCCCUCAGUGAUGAUUCCCGUGCCCCUCAGUGAUGAUUCCCGUGCUCCCCGCGGCUCUGGCGGUCCCUCCCCAUUCCCCUCGGUGACGGCAGUGCGUUUUCCCGCAGCGCUGGGAUCAGAAGCUGCGGCUGCCCGGGAAGGGCCGGGCAGAGCCGGGCCCCAGCGCGGCCCCAAGGGCGGGCAGUGCCCGCUCGGCCCCGGCCCGCAGCUAGGAGCACCAAGGAUGCAUGGAUGGAUGCAUGGAUGGAUGCAGGGAUGCUGCCGUGCCGCCGGGACACGCAGGGGACUGUCUACCAAGACUUCGUUGUCGGAGCAGCAAAGGAGAAAUUGCACUAUUGCACGUUAUAUUCUAUUGUUUACUACAAAGUAUUGGGUUAGCUUUUAUUAGGUUUUGUUCUCCCUCUUUGUUUGCCACCUGUUUCUUUUCGGAUAUGUGCAAGUUCUGGAAAUGUAUUUUUUUUUUUUUUUUCUGUUGCUAAGAACUGUAGAAAACUGCCCUUAUGAGAUGAAGAUAUAUUCAAUUUACCUUUUUAUGUCCUGAAUCUUCUUCGGGAGAAAAUUCUGAUGCGAGCAGGAAUGAAAUCUGGCCACCAUCAUUGGCUUUCCCUGUUCACUCUUUCUUGGUCACUGUUUGCUGAAACUUGCUCUCUGUUGGGUAAGUUGGUAUCUGGGUUUAAGUGUAUCAUUUUUAUUCUGAAAUAUAAUUCUGAAAUACAUUUUUAAGAGAGCUGUUUGAAUCAGUACAGCUUUAUUAAGUUGUCUUACAGAUAAACCACUUGCAUGAGGCAGAGUCUGACUUUAAAUAUUUCCUGCAACAAGCACAAUGUGCACGUACAGAAGGAACCUGGGUUUUCCAGUGCUUUGGGCCUUAAAGGAAAUAUUAUCUGUAACCAUAAUUUAUAACUAAAUUUAUGCUUCUUCUCUUAUAAUGGCAGUUUUUUCCCCCUUUUCUCAGCUGAGUUAUAGGAGUAGACAGACUCACCAGGCCUGCUUCUCAGCACAGGUCUGCAAUUUAGCCUUUUGAUUUUGUGGUGUUAUUCUUAAAUCCGUGCCUACAUAAACAAGUGUUCAAUGCUCAGUAACAUAUGUCCAAUAAAAGAAUUGUAGUUGCCAACACAGAC